AUGGCAAAGAAAGCUCGUAUCACGAAGAAGAAUAGGAAAUUAGGUUAUUAUCAUAAAAAAUUGAAUGUUUUCAAGAAUUUAAAUCCAAAUAAGCUGAUUUUUGCUAAGAAUCAAAUGAAAGUUAAUUUUCAAGAUCAUCAACUCAAUUUCCGUUGUAUCGAGAAUUCUCUAACCGAUGCUCAAUUUGAAAAGUUAAAGGAUUCAUGCUUGGGAUUUCUCUUAGAUAUUAAUAGUAACCUAAAACUUUGUUCCAUGAUUGUUCAUUCUCUAAUUCUUCAUGAGGAGGGUAGCUCUAGUAGACAAGACAUCCGAAUGAACUUUGGAGGGAAAAGAGCAAAGUUUGGAAUUGAAGAAUUUGCUCUAAUAACUGGUCUAAAUUGUUCCCAACUUCCUACUGAUGUUGAUCAUAGUGUUCAACCCAAUAGAUUAAUAGAAAAGUACUUCUCUGGGAAAUCAUCAAUCUCAAGAAAUGACUUGAAAAACCUUCUCAUGUCUUCAAAAAUAGAUGACGAAGAUGCCGUUAAGAUAGCUAAAGUACAUAUUGUGCAAAAUAUUUUAGAAAGUAAAAGAGGUGACAGGUUUGUUGAUGACUUUGUUUUGAAAUUGGUUGAUGAUGAACAAAAGUUUGAGAAUUAUCCAUGGGGUCGUCGUUCGUUCAAUGAAACUAUUGGGAGUAUUUCAAGUGUUUUGGAUUUGCAAAAAAACAAUUAUGAGUUGUGCGGCUUCCCUGUGGCUUUCCAAGUGUGGGGUUAUGAGGUUAUUCCAUCAUUGGGAUCUUUGUUUGGCGCUCGUGUAAGUUCAAAAAUCCCUAGAAUCUUAAAUUGGAAGUCAACUAAAGUGAACAAUCUCCGAUCAAUUUGGUCUAAAGUUUUCCAAAAAUCAAAAGUUGAUUAUGUUUGUUUGUCUCUAUCUAGUGCGGAAAAAGAGUCAUUACACCUUAAUGGUAUGUUUACUGACACAGUAAUUCUUGAAAGAGGAAUAUACAUGGAUGCAAACAAUCCCCCCUCAAUGAUGAGUAACAAGACAAAAAGUAGCUCAAUUGAUGAAGAAAUUAUUUCAAUAUUGAAGGAGCUCAAAGAGGACAUCAUUGAAAUAAAAAAAGAUAUUGUUGAAAUUAAAAGUGGAAUUGGUCAGAUUAAUAUAUGCAUGGCACAAAUUGAUGAGAGAACGAAAGAUACAGAUGCCAUGAAGAAACAAAUAGAAGAUUAUGAACAACUAAUUAAGAAAUUUGUGAAACAAAAUGAUUUAAAGAAAUGCAUACAUGAAGAAGGAGAACAAGUGAAAGAGAGAAGCAAAAAACGUUUGAAAUAUGUGCAAGAUUCCAAAGUUUCAGAGAAAACUAGAAAGUUAUCUGCUCAAGAGGAUUUGCAAGCAUGCAUAAAUGAUUUGUUAAGUGGUGAAAUACUUCUAAGUAGUCCUGAAUGUGUUCCUCAACCAAAGGAAUGCAUGAAUUUUGCAAGAAAUGCCCCUAUUGAACAAAGAGAAAAUUAUAAUAAGAGGAGCAUACAUGGCAAGCAACCACCAAAUAUUUCUAAAAUUUUAGAGAAAAUAAAAAAACCUUCUACACUGUUGAGAUCAACUGGCGAGAUUGUUCCUAACAAUCCAAAAUGCAUUCCUCCUUCUCUGUCAAUUGUAAAAAGUGUCCCACAAGUUGUCAAUGAAAAAUUCUAUCAAAAGAAAGAAAAUAUUGCAAAGAACUAUAGAGGAACAGAAGAACAAAAAGAAGUGAAGCAAAUGAAAAGUGAUCAUGAUGAUUCAAGUGCAAUCAUGGCUUCCCCACCAUCCAUGACAACUAUUGUGGAACCAAGUGAAUUGCUUUGUUCUUCUGUGAACUCUACAGAAGCAAAGAAUACUUGUCAUUUCUUAGGCAGAUUUCCAUUUGAGAGUGAAUAUGAAGUUAUGCCUGUUCCAGAAGCAAUUUCGUUCUUCUUGGAGUGGUACACUCAUGGUAUGAAUAAGAAAAGAAGUAAAUCAUCUCCAUAUGCUGCAUUUCAUGCCAAAUUAAAAUCACCUUUAUCAUUGGGAGGAAUAGAAAUUGACAACAAAAAGUGGUUCUUCGAUUUGUGUGAUGCAGAAGGUCUCAUCAACAACGAUCAUAUUGAUAUAUCUUUUUACUAUUUGCGAAAGAAGGCAUUGUCUCAUACUUGUUAUCCUUCAUUUCGAAAAUGUACUACAACAAGUUGUGUUUUUGAUCACUACAUGACCCUAAUUAGUUGUGAUGAAGCUUAUUUAAGGAAGAUAAUUUCAGAUGUAAAAAAAAAUGAUCAACAUAAAAGGAUAAAGCAUCCAUGUCCCAAAAUGAAGGCUAUUAUUGAUUUCAUUCUGGGAAAAAUAUUGAAAUUUGGAAAGUCAUGGUUUGAAGUUGACUUUGUUUUCAUGCCAUUUCUUAUUCCACAAGGAAGGGGGAUUUAUUUAGAUCAUUGGAGCUUAGGAGUUUUACAUAUAGAUAAAAAGAUUAUCUAUGUCUAUGACUCAUUUAAUAGUCCCAAUAACGAAGAUGUUGAAACACGCGUGAAGAAAUAUUGCAGAAUUCUUCCAUUCAUUUUGGAUUAUUUGGGCUUCCAUGAAAAACGUAAACAUUAUGCACCUAUGUGUGAGGAUUUUAGGUUCUCAUGGGUUGAAACUCCUUUUCAGAAUAACACGUUUGAUUGUGGUAUUUACGUGAUAAAAAUGGCUGAGUUGUUAAUGAUGGGGAUGUCUCCAUUCAAAAUUGGUCCAAACAAUAUUGUUGAUAUGAGAAGGAAGAUGGCCUUAGAAUUUUGGGAUCAUGGGUACAAGAGGAAGCACGGUCAUGAAACUCCAUCAGAGAACUUGUGUCAUGUAUGA